AUGGCAGCACGAAAACUGGCGCAGGAGGUCGACAAGACCUUCAAGAAGGUCGCCGAAGGCAUCGAAGAGUUUGACGAGAUCUACGAGAAGAUCGAGCAGUCAAAUAACCCCGCGCAGAAGGAAAAGCUCGAAGACAGUCUGAAGCGGGAGAUAAAGAAGCUGCAGAGGCUACGAGACCAGAUCAAGACAUGGGCAGCCAGCAACGACAUCAAGGACAAGGGUCCUUUGAUAGAGCACAGGAGGCUGAUUGAGACGCGAAUGGAAAAGUUCAAGGCCGUGGAGAAGACGAUGAAGACAAAGGCGUUCUCGAAAGAAGGACUGUCUGCUGCUGCGAAACUGGACCCUAAGGAGAAAGCCAAGCUCGAGGCCAGCGACUUCCUCGGCUCACAGAUCGACGUACUGGAGGAACAGAUUGAAAAAAUGGAGGCCGACAUGGAACUAUUACAAGCCGGCAUGAAGAAGGGGAAGAAAGCCAAGAAAGACGACGCCGAACAAAUAGCCAACAUCGAGACCGUCAUCGAGAAACACAAGUGGCACCAGGGCAAACUUGAGCUGAUCCGGAGGUCACUGAUGAACGGCGGCGUUGAGGCAGACCAGGUGUUUGACCUCAAGGAUUCCAUACGGUACUACGUCGAGGAGGGGACGUCGCAGGAAUACAUGGACGACGAGGAGAUGUACGACGACCUGAAUCUCGAGGAGGAAGAGGACGUCUUCGGUAUGAACCAGGAGAACGACAAGAUCUCCAGUCAAGACAACCAAUCGGUGCAGGACGACGUGACGGAGACGGAGGGCAGGUCCUCAAGCGCCGCAGCAAAAGGAAAGGAGAAGCCAUCAGCAGAUGCUGGAAGCUCAGCAACGAGCAGGAAGCCAUCUUCGCAACUCAAAUCGCCCCUGCCAACCCUCGCAACUCUCUCGGCUCCGUCAUUACCGACCAUCACGGGCCCCAUACCGGGCAAUAAUGGCAUGAAACCGGCGUCCUUGCCAACGAGACCGCCCGGGGAGGGACUGAAAUAUGCGUCUGCGGCAGCGGCAGCGGCAGACAAAAACAACGUGGGAAUCGCACCGCUACCACCCCCACCGAGCGCACACCCGGCAGUCGGCAUUUCUUCAUUAGCAAACCAGUCCAAGACGAGUUCCACAAGUUCACCGAGCAUCUCGUCAGCGCAGAUAGCCGCACCUCUGCCACAACAAGUGGAGGCAAAACACCCGCCAGCCGCCCCUGCAGCCCCCGCGAGUGCUCCCGCCCCAGCAGUCUCCACGCCAAAACCCGAGGCCGCCAAGCCGGCGCCUUCUCGUGCAACAGGCAAAGCAUCGGCGGUUCCAGAGCCAUCUGAGGCACCGAAAGCACCUCAUACAAACGGCGUCACCAACGGUGUCAAAUCUGCUGAGCCAGAGCCGGAAGAGGAGUCGAUAUACCACCUCCCGUCUUCUCUGGAUGACCUCGUCGAAUCAUGGGAGGCAACGAAAGCGAAUCCUACCGCACCUGCCACGUCGCCCUCGGCGCAACGAUUGCUUGCGGCUUCUAGUAAAAUGGCCCCUGACGUUGCGGACGCGGAGCCACCUCGCAACUAUUAUCCCGAAAGCUACUGGAACACGAACAAGACAUGGCCCAAGGAGCCGCUCCAGAUAAUGGACAACCCGCAGCUGUACCAGCCGACCAAAGUGGACAAUGAUACCCUCUUUUAUGCCUUCUACUACAAACAGGGGACAUACCAGCAGUACUUGGCCGCUAAGGCGCUCAAGGAUCAGGCAUGGCGGUUCCACAAACAGUACCAGACGUGGUUCCAGAGGCACGAAGAGCCCAAGAACAUCACCGAGGAGUUUGAGCAAGGCACAUACCGAUUCUUCGACUACGAAUCAACGUGGAUGAACCGCAGGAAGGCCGAUUUCAAAUUCGCCUACAAAUUCCUCGAGGACGAAGUCUAG